CCAGCCAGUCAGCUCUCCGUCGCGUCCUCAUCGAUCGGACGCUGCCAGGGCUAAUUUUUCCACCAAAAAGCUCCCCAAAUCGGGCGACAUUAAGCGCGGUGUGGGAGGGAGCUUCCGAUCCGUGGGAGGAGCACGGGCGUGGAAUCAAGGGUUCCUGUUGCAGAGACGAGGGAAUAUUGGUUCCAACGCUUGUCUAUGCCUAGGCUCGGUUUAUUAUCAACAGAAAUACACACUUUUUAUAGGAUGGAUACACUAUUCUCCAAUGUUUUGUAAAGCAGAAUGUCUUGAAGGGUUUCCUCCUUUGGCUAUUUGGUUUGCUUAUAAAGGAUUAGGUGAAGCAAAUCUCAGAAAAUAGUUUAACAAAGCUGAAAGAUUGGAUUUAAAGUGCUCCCAAUAAUAUCUACCAAGUUGUGAAGAAACUAUAGGCUGUCCCAGAAAUAAACAAGUUUGGAGUGGGUCGCAUCUAGUUUCAGAUGCUGCUUUUUCUCUCCCAUUAUCAGAUGGUUAUAAAUGCUAACGUAGUGAAUGAUUUGUGAGCAUCAAAGUGAUACACAUCUUAUGCUGAUGGAUCGAGCAACUAACUUAAAUGGAAUUGAGUAUGUUAUUGGUAUACUGGACACAAAUGAUGCUUCGACCUCCAUCCCUGCACGAACUGAUCACAGUAGCCAACAUGAAACACUUAGUGAAAAUCACCCUUCAACAAGCAGUCCACCUCCUGCCUCCCAAUUAGCUUUGUCAUCACCAAAUCUAUCUAAUUCAACAAAUUCAUCUUUGACGAGAAGAACAGAUAACUAUGGUCAUCACAACAGAAGUCCUCUGAACUCUGGUUUGUGGAUUACGGUUGAGCUUGUUGCUAAUGUGAGCCAAAUUCUAGCAGCUGUCAUUGUGUUAUCAUUGUCAAGACAUGAGCAUCCCCGGACUCCAUUAACUGUGUGGAUCAUAGGGUAUACUGCAGGCUGCGUUGUUACACUACCACAUCUGUAUUGGCGCUACCUUCAUCGCAGUUCUCAGAGAACUGAGCAAGAUCCAGCACAUUCCAACCAGGAAACUACAGGGAAUAACCAUCAUGACUCUAAUGCUUAUGCUGAUGGAGCUGGCACACACAACCCACAGCAACAAAAUAUUCACAAUCCUACAACCGAGCUUGAGCAAACCAGUGUAAACACUAGUCCAAGGAUAAAUGCAAUAGUUGACAAUAUGAAGAUGGCCUUGGAUUGCUUUUUUGCUGUGUGGUUUGUUGUUGGCAAUGUGUGGGUGUUUGGCGGGCGCUCCUCUCCCCAUGAUGCCCCAAACUUAUAUAGGUUAUGUAUUGUCUUCCUUGCAUUCAGCUGUAUAGGAUAUGCUUUGCCUUUCAUUCUAUGCACAAUGAUUUGUUGUUGCUUGCCUUGCAUUAUAUCGUUUUUGGGCAUAAGAGAGGAUAUGAUCCAUGAUAGAGGUGCUACCUUGGAAUCAAUCAAUGCACUCCCUAGUUAUAAGUUCAAAACUAAGAGGCGUAAGAAUAAAGGGGAUUCAGAAAGAAGCUUGGAUGGCCAUUCCACAGAUGGGAUAUUGGCUGCUGGUACUGACAAGGAAAGAACUAUUUCUGCUGAAGAUGCUGUUUGUUGCAUUUGUCUAGCAAAAUAUGUGGACAAUGACGAGUUGCGUGAGCUUCCCUGCACUCAUUUUUUUCACAAGGAGUGUGUGGAUAAGUGGCUCAAGCUAAAUGCACUUUGUCCUCUUUGCAAAACUGUGGCGGGGAUCACCAAUUCACAACUCUCCGAUGCAGCGACACCGAUUCAUCAUUCAGGACUACCCGAGGUAUAGAUCGAGCUCUAGAGAUGCAAUAAAUUCCUUCUCUUUGGUCAUUUUUAUGCAAGAAAGCCUAGAAACCCAUAAUGAAGCAGAUAAGAAAGCCUGCGGCAUUCUUGUGCACUUGAGGAUUAUGAUCGCCAGUUGAUCUUGAGGGUUUUGUAUAUUGUGUAUGUAUUCAUAAAAGGUGCAGACAAAUAUUAUUUAGAAGAUAUGAUUCAAAACAAGUUCCUAGAGUUUGAUAGGGAAGAUUUUUUUUC